CCCACUUUCCCUGCAGCCGUUUGGUGGACAUCAGGGGUAGAAAAGCGCAAAAAACAACUCGUUUACUAAACCUUAGUCUUGCUACAACUCUGCUGGAAAAUGGAGCAAAAUAUGUUGCAGAUGUUGAAUCCACAGAAAGUGGAGUCUCUGGAGAAGUGGAUUGAGGAAACCAACAUCACUUUAACGCAGAUUAACGGCCAGCGCAGAUAUGGCGGUCCUCCUCCGGGAUGGAGAGGUCCAGCACCAGGUCCUGGCUGUGAGGUCUUCAUAAGUCAGAUCCCGCGGGACGUGUACGAGGACCAGCUGAUCCCGCUGUUCCAGAGCGUAGCGCCGCUCUACGAGUUUCGCCUCAUGAUGAACUUCAGCGGGCAGAACCGGGGCUUCGCCUACGCCAAAUACGGAGAUACGGCUAGCGCAGCCACCGCCAUCCGGGCUCUAAACAUGUACCCGCUCCUGAGUGGCGUCAGGCUCACCGUCAAGAGGAGCACGGAGAAGAGGCAGCUGUUUCUCAGCGAUCUGCCACCUACCGUGGGCCGCAGCGAGCUGCUGACAGUGCUGCGGCAAAUCACCGACGGAGUAGAGGGCGUCACCAUGAAGACCACCGGGCCGAAGGAGAAAGAUGUCACUGCACUCGUGCACUACUCAUCCCACUACGCCGCCUCCAUGGCCAAGAAAGUGUUAGUGCAAGCCUUCAGGAAGCUGUACGGCAUGUCCAUCUCCAUCCGAUGGAUGCCCGGAGGCGGUAAAUCCAGACGCGAGGGACAUGGCGAAGAGAGAGUUCACGUACCUUCCCAUCUGAAUUCUUUAACGCCGCCGCGCUUCCAGCUCAGCCGUGACCCCGAGCAUCCUCCACCUCUUCCUACUCCACCCUCCACCUUUCACCCGCAGUCUUUCUCACGGGCAGUAGGAGGUCCGACCCCGCAGACGAUGAGCGUGAUGUUACCCGGGAAGCCUAGGAGCGGUGUGGAGGAGCCUCAGCACGACUCGGUAAUCCAGCUGCGCUGGCUGUGCGAGCUGCACGGGUUCGGUGUGCCGAUCUACAACGUGCGCUACGACCACACCGGCCCUGGCGGCUUCUUGUAUUUUGCCUACAGGGUGGUGGUGCCAGGGCUGGCCGUGCCGUUCUGUGGCGUCGUCCACAUCCUGCCCAGCACCUGCACCAACAACAUGGAGGCCGAGGUUCACCAAGCCGCCGCCAAGCAGCUCCUCAGUGCCCUUUGGCAGGCCAGAAGUCUGUGAGCUUUGACCUCGGGGUACGUAAGUUUUGGUUGAGAAUGUGAGUUCCUAAAGUAGAACGUGUUACUGGAUCAGCUUUCCUAUGUUUCAACCGGUGUCACAGUCACAGACGGAGCUCGUCGAUGUAUUAGCAGAGCAGUUAGCAUCUCCUUGUUUCUUUAGCUGCUUGCUAGCUAAUUACAGGAGAUCUACAUGACCGGAAUAUGGAUUGGCAAAAAAAUAUGAAGUAAGAAUAACCAAAUAUAAAUAAGCAACUAACAAUGAAAUAAAUAAAAUCUCCCUGCAUCACAAAGCGAAGCUAUUUUUCCUGUUGACUGCCAGAGGUCAUCCGUCUCGCACUGAUGACAUCGUAGUACAACAAUUGGUUAUUACAGAAACAACGAAAUUCCGAUCAAGUCACAUGUUCAACUUUAAAAAGAAAGAAAGAAAGAAAAUAACACAUUCUCCUCCAGUUUCAUGUUCAGAAUUAAGACGAGAAAAUACGGCGAGUUGAGUUUCCACGGUUUAGUUUUUCCCUCGAUUACUCGAUGUUUUAUGUUUUACCUUUUGAUAUGAUGUUUUAUAAUGUUUUAAUUGUUUUAUUAUCAUUUAUUUAUUUGUGUGUUUGUUUCACAUCUCUUUUUUUUUGCUUGAUAUUUGGAAAAUUGCGUGAUUUGGUUUUCUGAGU